AUGCCUGCGCCGCCCAAGCCCUGGGAGCGUGCCGGCGCCGGCACUGCUGCUGCCGCCGUCGCACCGCCACGCCCCGCCGACAGCGCCGCGUCGAGCAGCACGGCGUCCGGCGCCGACGCCGCAGCCCCCGCACUGCCGCAACGGCCUAGCACGCUCGGCGCCACGGCCGGUGCUGGCGCAUACGGCGCCGCCACGCCGUACGGCAGCAUGCCCGGCGCCGGCGGCUACGGCUCGCUCGCUGCGGGCGGCGGCUACGGCUCGCUGGGCGGCGGCUACGGCGCCUCGUACGGCUCGCCCUACUCGCGCCUCGGCGGCGGCGGCAUGUACGGCUCGUCGUACGGCGGCAUGGGCGGCUACGGCGGCGGCAUGGGCGCCUAUGGCGGCAUGGGCGGCUAUGGGGGUAUGGGCGGCUACGGCGGCAUGGGAGGCUACGGUGGCAUGGGUUACGGCGGCAUGGGUGCCUACGGCGCGCCCGGCAUGAUGGGCCCAGAUCAAGCGUCGCUCACACAGCGCAUGGAGUCCGGCACUGCCGCCACCUUUGAGCUCAUCAGCUCCAUCGUCGGCGCGUUCGGUGGCUUUGCGCAGAUGCUCGAGAGCACCUUCAUGGCGACGCACAGCUCCUUCUUCGCGAUGGUGGGCGUGGCGGACCAGUUCGCGCAUCUGCGCAACUACCUCGGCCAGGUGCUUUCCAUCUUCGCACUCGCGCGGUACCUCAAGAAUCUGGUCCUGCGCGUGACGGGCCGCAAGCCGGCGCUCGAGCUCGACCGCCGCGAGUUCGCCGACUUUGCCAGCGGCAAGGGCGCGGCGGCCACUGGUGCGGCUCGCCCGAGCAAGCGCCCGCUCGUGGUCUUCUUCCUCGCCGUCAUCGGGCUGCCGUACCUCAUGGGCCGUCUGGUGAAGCUCAUCACCGUGCGGCAGGAGGCUGAGCGGGCGCGCCUUGCUGCUGCAGGGCAGCUGCCGCCCGGCCAGGAGGCGCAGCUGGAUCCCAGCAAGCUCGAAUUUGUGCGAUCGAUGUACGCCUACGACGCCAGCGACCCGCUCGAGCUCAGUCUCAAGCCAAACGACAUUGUCGCCGUGCUCAGCCGCAACGACCCGCAGACGGGCCAGGAGAGCACCUGGUGGCGCGGGCGGACUCGAGACGGGCGCAUCGGCUGGUUUCCAAGCACCUAUGUUGAGUCGUUGGAGUCUGCAAAGGAGCGCGCAGCAAAGGCUGCUCUUGAGGGCCGCGCCGUCGAGGCGGCCUCCAGCGCCACAGCGCCGGCGACCGUGGACGCGGCGACGCAGGACACCUCGGCGCCGGCAAAGGCCAGCGCAGCCCAGUGAGCCGCGCGCGCCUGGCUCCGAAUGUAUCCUGCGCUAUCCCCUCGCACAGCUCCAGGACGAUUCAAUGAUAAGUCACUGUCACACUGCAGCGUUGGGCGCAGCGCGCGGCGGCACCGCGCGAAGGCUGAUGGAGCAGACGGGCGCGAGCAACGCGCUCAGGGCCAGGAGCGCGAUCGAGGACGAUGAGCACGAUCGCGCAGCAGGCGCCGGCCAUCGUGAAACGGACGAUGCAUUUCUCGCGCAGCCCGUCGCCGCGGCACACGCUUCCCGGCACGAGCCAUGAGUACUUUCUGUUCGUUCUCGAUU